AUGGCGUCUGGCAUUGAGCUCCAGAGUACCAGAGAACACAACUCUAAGGCACCACUGUCUUCAGGUCUGGAGGUUUCAACGCCCGACACUAAGAGUGGCGCCACGGGCGGAGACGUCAAAGAAGUCCAUCCAUACCAAGGCAGUGACGACUACAGUGUCCAUGAAGGCAUCACCACUGGUGAGUAUAUCGCAGAAGAGCACAAGAUUGUUGAGACUGCAGAGGAUAUUGUCAAUCAAGUCCUCAGUGUUGAAGAUGAUCCCUCGCUCAAUCCAUGGACAUUCAGAAUGAUGUUCUUGGGAUUUGGACUUUCCAUCUUCGCAUCUGUGCUCCAGGAAAUCUUCUACUUCAAGCCGCAGACCAUUUACGUCUCGAGUGUUUUCCUUUGUGUCAUCGCUUAUGUCCUCGGCGAAUCUAUGGCAAAGGUUCUACCUAGCAAGGGCGUGCUUGGAAAAUACUUGAACCCUCAUCCGUUCAACAUGAAGGAGCAUGCUGCCAUCACGCUCAUGGCAUCUGCGGCCGGCCAAUCUGCCCUGUCAACAGAAGUUCUCGCUGCGCAAGAGCUUUGGUAUGGAGGAUACCCCAGCAAAGUGCUUGGUGUGUUCAUCACAUUGUCGAGUCAGCUCAUCGGUUACGGUAUCGCUGGUCUUCUCCGAGAAGUGCUUGUCUACCCAACCAAAAUGCUGUGGCCCAUCAACCUACCCGUCACAACCCUGCUGGAAAGUUUGCACAAAGACAAGGUUGCGGCGAAACAAAGAAUCAAGCUCUUCUACAUCGUCUUCAUCGUUGUCUUUGUCUGGGAAGGUGUCUCAAUCUUCUGCUUGGCAGAUCAGAAGAACCUGGUCUUCACCAACCUCUUCGGCGGAGCCAGUGGUAAUGAAGGUCUUGGUAUUCUCAGCUUCUGCUUUGACUGGCAGUAUGUCGCCUCUCUUGGUAGUCCUCUCUGGUUACCUUUGGAGACUAUGACCAACAAUCUCAUUGGUUAUAUCGGUUGCGUCAUCUUGUUCAUGGGUCUUUACUAUGGCAAUCUCUGGCGCGCACAGGACUUCCCUUUUCUGGCUCAAGUUCUGUUCACCGGCGAGAGUAACGGCACGUACUAUGCAGAGUACAACCAGACUCUCAUCCUCAACUCGAAGAUGGAGAUCGAUCAAACUCUGCUGGACACUGUUGGACCGCCAUACCUUACUGCGACAUAUAUCGGAUACUUGAUCACUUCCAACAUGGGCUUUACUGCUACCUUUGUCCAUAUGCUCCUGUGGAACUACGAAGAGAUCAAGGCUGGCUGGGCUUGGGCUAAGCCAAGUAAUCUUCGAAAGCUGUUCCGUCUUCAGACCUACAAGUUCUGGCAGAACCAAGAGACGCCCGAGGAAAGACUGGCCAGGAAAGAGUCAGAUCCAAAUCUCGACCCCCAUUAUAAGCUUAUGCUUCGAAACUUGUAUCCCGAGGUACCAACUUGGUGGUGGGGUAUCGUGGUAGUGGCCUCUUGGGCUCUUGGUUUGGGCUGUCUUUACGGCAUGGAUUCGACUCUUCCUUGGUGGGGCUUCCUGAUGUCAACCGUUCUCACCUUCAUGUGCGUACUGUUCUUUGGCGCUCAGAUGGGUAUCACUGGUUUCCAGUUCAAUAUCCAGCCGAUAUGUCAGAUGCUCGCAGGCUAUAUGUUCCAGAGCCGUCCGCUGGCCAACAUGUAUUUUACAUGCUACAGCUACAACGCAUUGCAGAUGGCGGAAGUGUUGGCCAAAGACUUGAAACUGGGCCAGUUCAUGCAUCUAGCACCUCGUGCUACGUUCUUCUGUCAAGUCACAGGGUGUCUGGUCGGAGCACUGUUCAACUACAUCAUGAUGAUCUCAAUCGUCGAUAAUCAAGGCACUAUCCUGAAGUCGAUUCAGGGUAGCAACAUCUGGAGCGGUCAGAAUAUCCAGCAGUUCAAUACGCUCGCCAUCGCAUGGUCCAUGCCCGCAGAGCUCUUCUCAGUCGGCGGCAGAUACCAAUGGGUCACCAUCGCUUACCUCCUCGGCUUCAUCGUGCCUGUCCCCUUCUGGCUGGCCUAUCGCUACACCAAGAUCCGAUUCUUCAAAUACAUGAACCUGUCCAUGAUCCUCUGGUACAUGGGUUGGCUAUUUGUCGGCAUCAACGCCAGCAUAACCAUGUACUUCAUCAUCGGCUUCUUUUCUCAGUGGUUCUUGCGUCGUCGCUACCCCGAGUUGUUCGUCAAGUACAACUACAUCGUUAGUGCUGCGCUGGAUGGUGGUACUCAGGUGUUGGUGUUCAUCUUGACAUUUGCCGUUUUCGGUGGCAGUGGCAAGAGCAGACCUUUCCCUACUUGGGCGGGCAACCCAGAUACCGAUCUGCACAAUUUGGAUUACUGUAUGGUUAACCCUGGUACUUCGGGAUGAUUGUCUCGCAG